AUAACACCGCAUCUUGUACAUUCCAAGGCAAGAAAGUUUCCACCUCCAUGGUCAUAGCUGAGCGAUACUGAUCUUGCUGGUGACGUUUCUCAAUUUUCGGGUGGCUCAAAUGAAAUAAUAGAAAAAUAGUGAAAAAGUGCUGUGUCGAAGCCCAACUUUGGAUGUAUAAAAAAUCUUGAACCGGUUCUGCAUUAUUUCAAUGAUAUCUCAAACAUAUCAGAGAUAUUGGAUGUACGUAAAUAUACAUUUGAAAGAUAGUAACAGCCCCGUGAAGAUGAAGUUCACGAUAUUUGCAGUCGUUUUUAUUUAUUUCCUGAAUCAUGGAGUAUUUCAUGUUCAAGCUGAAAUUGAAGAAUCACUGGCAGACUUGAUGCUAGAGCAGCUGUACAGUCUCAAAUGUGAGAAAAAGUAUCUUAUAAUUAAAAACAAUUAGGAAGUAUACCAAUAAGUCUGUGGAAAUAUUCUCAUCAGAGACCUUGGAAUAUUAUGAAACUUUUUAAUGUGGGACGCUAAAUUCGAAUUACGUUGUCCAAAAAAGUGAAAAGUACCGUGAAGCCGCAUUUGAGAUAAAAACUUAUCGCCCAUCGUAUCACAGUAGACAUGUACGCGAGGUAGCCUCAGGUACGUCUAAACAUAUUGCACAUAUUGAAUUCAAGGUGAAAAGUACCUGCAAGGAAAAUGGACAUGAUGCUGAAAAGCUUGAGAAAACGUUAGAAGAAACAAAGGCGUGCAUUUCAAAAAAGAAAAUUUUCGUUGAUACUGCUGACGAUUAUAUAAAUAACAUGGAACAUUGCUCCAAAGACUUGAUAAAGCAACUCGAAAAGUGUCUCCCGGAAAAGUUGAAAUAUCUUCCACCCUUUAUUUUCCACCUGUUUGAAUCCCUCAUUAGACUACUGUAUCAUGAUACAAUCAUCAUAGAAAAUAACAGGAAGAGAUACUGUCGCCACUUUAAAGCAAGCGAAAAUGACGACAAAUCAAACAAUUUUGGGGCGAACCCCAGUAACUUUAUAGCGAUGAAUAACUGCUUCUUAAAGCAACUGAAAGAAGAAUGUAAACAGGAUGGUGAAAUAAAGACUUUCGAAAAAGAUCUUGAGGAAGCAGUGAAAAAACCAUGUGAAAUGAAGUAAAAAAUCCCUUUUUUGCAAUUUGUGUUGUGAUUCAUACAUUUGUAAAGAAGUAGUAGUGUAAACCAUAAUAAAUCAUUAAGAAUGUU